UAAGAAGACUCAGGCACGGCAGCUGCAAAUUCAGUGAAAGUUUCCUUUUCUGUGUUGUAGUUCAGGACUUAAGGCAGGAGGCAAAAAUGACAAGCCACUCAACCAACAUGAGGAUAAAGCUGCCCACCAUCUGCAUUAUUCUUGAGGUGAUCCUCAUCAUCCUGUUUGGUGUUUUUGUCAGAUAUGAUAAAGAAACAGAUGCCAAGAAGUGGCAUGCACACCACGAUCACAAUGGCAGUGAAAUAGAAAAUGAUUUUUACUACAGAUAUCCAAGUUUCCAGGAUGUACAUGUGAUGAUCUUCAUUGGUUUUGGCUUUUUGAUGACCUUCCUGAAACGCUAUGGCUUCGGUAGUGUUGCCUUUAACUUCCUCAUAGCUUCCUUUGCCCUGCAAUGGGCCACACUCAUGCAGGGUUUCUUCCAUGGAAUGGGAAGUGAUGGUAAGAUCCACAUAGGAAUUGAGAGCAUGAUCAAUGCUGACUUCUGUACUGGGGCUGUUCUGAUUUCAUUUGGGGGAAUACUUGGGAAAACCAGCCCUGUCCAACUGUUAGUGAUGGCUGUUUUUGAAGUAACCCUCUUUGCGAUUAAUGAAUACAUCAUCCUUAACAUUGUAGAGGCUAAAGAUGCCGGCGGGUCCAUGACAAUCCACACCUUCGGAGCUUAUUUUGGUCUGGUUGUGUCUCGUAUUCUUUAUCGUCCACAUUUGGAAAAGAGCAGGCACCGGGAAGGCUCAGUGUAUCACUCCGAUCUGUUUGCGAUGAUUGGCACCAUUUAUCUGUGGAUGUUCUGGCCUAGUUUUAACUCGGCUAUCACAGCCCAUGGAGACAGCCAGCACAGGACAGUGAUGAACACUUAUUACUCCCUCGCUGCCUGCACGUUGGCAACUUUUGCUUUGUCCUCUUUGCUAAGUGAGGAAGGCAAGUUGGACAUGGUCCACAUCCAAAAUGCUUCCCUUGCUGGUGGAGUAGCAGUGGGCACAGCUGGAGAGAUGAUGUUGACUCCUUUUGGCUCUAUGAUUGUUGGAUCUUUAGCUGGUAUAAUAUCCACCUUGGGAUAUAAGUUUUUAACGCCAAUCUUAGAUUCCAAGCUGAAGAUCCAGGAUACAUGCGGUAUACAUAACCUUCACGGCAUGCCAGGAAUUCUCGGAGCAAUAGUGGGAGCUAUCACAGCAUCCAUGGCCACUCAUGACAUCUAUGGAGAUGGAAUGGCAAAUGUGUUUCCAUUGGUAUCAGAUGGGGUGGUGACUGCAUCUGGUCAAGGUGUCCGCCAAGCAAUUGCCCUCGCCGUUGCCCUAGGAUUUGCAUUAAUAGGCGGGUGCGUUGUAGGUUUUAUUAUGAAGAUUCCCAUUUUUGGGUCUCCAAAUGAUACUCUUUGCUUUGAAGAUCAGAUUUACUGGGAGGUUCCUGAAGAACACCAUGCUGCUCAUGAGGAGAUGAUUGCAGUAGCAACAGAGGAGGGAACGAAUGCCUGAAAGUCAGACAGAAGUAUAAGGAGUGUCUCAGCCUGAUGAAAAGCUGAAACUAAUGUGAAUUAAAGUGAUCUGGGAAACUUCAGCUAAGAGCGAGAGCGGCCUGAUGCUGUGCAAAAAUUUUACUUGCAUGUUACAUCCUGAAAGGAGAACUGCCACUAUCAACCAAAAACUGUUUACUUGAAUUCUAUUAUUCUUUUUUUUAUAUAACCUGAAUAAGGGUGCAGAUCAUAGGCCAUGUAUUUCUGAACUGCAAUGAUUAUCCUUGUUAAUGCUACAGACCAUGGUCAUCACGUAACUGCUGUGCUCUCAAACAAGUUCACACUGCAACAUAAGAGUGUGGAUGUCACCUAAUAAAGGAAAUCCAUUUCAUGUCUACAAUUUUAUUUUUCGGGUUUUUGAAAAAUUUGUAAACUGUAAAACUGACUAGAGGGCUUUUUUACAUUCUGAUAACUGUGUGUGGAGUGCACUUUCUCUCCUGGUUUGGCUUGGUUUUGUUCAUUUACAUUUACAAUUUCAUUUGUUCAGUUAGCAAAUUCUUUUAUCCAGAGCAACUUACAAAAGGGAUCAACAUAAUUGAGAAAACAUCUUGGGGACUGUGCUGUGAACAGUUCAGUUUUCAGGUUUCCUCCCAUCUCCCAAACAUUGUAAUGAUUUGGUAAUUCUGGACUGGCCUAUGAAAGUGGGAGUUUCAAUGACUGCCUUUUAUAAUGGAUGAGCAUUUGCUCCAAGGUUUACUUUUUACCUUGAAUCUGAAAGUUUCUAUAGUGAGAUUCCAAGUCCAACAUGGAUGGAUGAAUAAGUAUUUCUGCAUUCACACUGUUCAGAUAUCCUCCAGAGUAGACUUAAUAUUUUCUAUUAUGAUACUGUAUAAAGUAUAGAACUAAAGUGAUAAGAUCACACACGCUGUUGAUUUAUGAAGACAAUGUCUGUAGUUCUACUGAUGUAAGGAAAAUUUAUUUUUUAGAACAAGUAUUUGUAAAUGGGAAAAUGAAGUCUAAACAUUUUUAAAUAGAGAUCUGCAUUUUAUUUUCCAUCACAGCAAUAGCCAUAAGAUGAACUAGCAUCCCACCCAGGAUUAAUUGCUGCUUUAUAUUUGAUGAUCCUGAAAUAGGUUCUAACAAUCCAUUACUAAAAAUAAUUAAUGCUAAUAUGUUCAGGCUUUUUCUUGCAGAUACCACAUAUUAAAUUGCUUUCAAAACAAGAACUUAAUAAGAACUAGGUCUCUCUCUGUGGCUUGGUACAAACUCUACUAAGUAACAGCUAAUGAUAUCUAAUGUUAGCAAAACGACAGUACACAAAAUAAAUAUGCUAGAAGUUAUUACAAAUUUCAAACUUUAAAAACUGUCCUGUUUUAUUAAUUAUCUAAUUGCAAGCAACUUAUUGUUCAGACCACAGGUCUCCAACUCUGGGCCCCGAAUGUUAAUGCGGCUGCAGGUUUUCAUUCUAAAGCCUUUCUUAAUCAGUGAUCAGUUUUUGAUGCUAAUCUCCCCCAAGGGUCAGAAAUGGACACCCCUGUUUAGACCAAUUGAUCUUUGUCAUGAAGCAAAUGAAAAAUCGUGGUAAAUCAUAUAGGGAAAAAUCUAUCUAUCUAUCUAUCUAUCUAUCUAUCAAAAGAUACUCUUAAAAACUUGAAGAAAGAUGCAUUUAAAGAGAUGGUAGUGUACUGCCAUGGUUAGUGCUACUACCCCAGCACGGCCACUUUCCUUGUAAAGCCUGAAUGUUCUCCCAUCUCUGCAUCUUUUUUCCACUUGCUAAUGGAUUACUAAUGGAUUUAAAUUGGCUCCUCAUAAAUGAACACGGGUGAGUGCCAGGGUUGGUUAAAGGUCAGGAUAAGCCUCUGAUCUCCAAAACAAUAUUGAAAAUAUUGUAAGGAUGAAUACAUUUCAACUGUGUAGCCUUCACACGUUUUAUUACCAUGCUUUCUUUCAUUCUGAUUUCAUAAUAAAUAUUUCCAUUUUUAUAUUAAGAAUGAUUAAGAAUGAAUUCAGUGAACUAUAUUUCAAAAUAGAGAGCAGUUUAACAGUAACUUGAUGACUGUGGUCUCUGUUUUAGUUUGUCGCUGCCAAAUACAAAAAAGAUUUUGACCUCUCGUUUAUCAUGUAAAACAUUAAUUUUCAGGUUUCUUAUUUGUUGCCUAUCUGUACCCUUUAAAGCAUUAUUUUUCUAACGUCUGUGUGUGCCCGUAUAGAAUUGUCAAUGGUUUUAUUAUACCAAGGAUUAAAAUCCAUAUUUGUUUCUUUGUGUGUCACCUUUUUUAACAAGGCAGAACUAAUAACUACAGUGUAACAGAAUGUACUGGACAUGUACAGUUUGUUAUGGCUCAUUUUUAACCUCUGUAAUGUAUUUUCCAAAUGUGACAGUGUUUUAAAUAAACAGCUCCCCCAUGUUUUUUGGUUA